AUGAAAGGAGAGGAUCGUAUAAGGAUCUUGAAUACCCAGACAAUACAAGUGGAGAAGGAAGAUCACACCAUUAUGAAUCCGUUAAGGUGGUGUAUAAGUAAAAAUUUCUAUGGAGAGAAUGUGGAGCUCGUGGGGUACACCAUCCCACACCCCUCCGACGAUGCUUCCAACUUAACCAUUCAGUUCUCCAAUGAGUCGUCUCAAACACCUCCAAAUCUCUUUAAGAAGAUGAUGGAGGGCUUGGAGUGUAUGGAAGCCAUCGGAAGAAAAAUGGAAAGUGAGAUAGAGAAGUUCGAAGGCAAAUUUAAUAAAUAG